AUGCCGACUCCCGGUCUCCUCUACGUCACGAUGCAGCCCAACGGCUCACUCCCCAACACCCAGUUCCACGACUGGUACAACAACGAACAUGGGCCCCUGCGAUUGCGGUUACCCUUCAUCAGCAAUGGCUUUCGCUACCGGGCCACCGAUACGACGCAGCCCGAGUAUGUGGCCCUGUACGACAUCACCGAUAUGGACGAGUUGACCCGUGAGACACGUCAUCAAGACCGACCGGGAAAAAAGACGAUGGCACAGAUUGACGUGGGCCGCCGCCUGUAUGACCUCGCCGAUGCGCGCAGCCACCCGGAUUUCCGCCCGCUCGAAGCUCAAGCCGACACCGAUGCCGAAACCAGGGGCAGUGUUCUCGUCGCCGUCACUGUGGCCACCCAUCCGGACCCCACGAAACAAGCCGACUUGGAUCGCUGGUAUCGCGAGGAACACUUUGAAAUGCUCUCCCGUGUGCCUGGGUGGCGUCGAAGCCGUCGCUUCGUGACCGCGGCCAUCGACUCCUCCGCCCCACGUGAAUCACUGGCGCUGCACGAAUAUGCCCCCGUCAACGGGCUGGGCGGCGAGGCUCACAAGGCCGCGAUGAACACCCCCUGGGGCCAACGGCUCAUGAGCGAAGUGGUGACGUCCAAGAACCGUCGCGUCUACGAGUGGUACUACACUUUUGGCCCGGCCCCGCGUGAGCUCUCUUCGCUGGCUGCUCCGGAUGUGAUCGGACCCUGGAGCUCCAACGACGGUCGCACACAAACAAUCCCCUCUCCAUCACGACCCGCGCUUGAGUCGUUUGUCACUACCUCCGACGGGGUAGAACUUCCUUACCGACUCGAGGGGAACACCGACCCCACCGCGCCAGUGGUGGUGCUCAGUAACGCGAUUCUGGUCAACUGGAACAUUUGGGACCGAUUUGUCGAUGCUUUUUUCGCCAGGAAGCAGAACCAGCGCUACCGUGUACUGCGAUACCUCACACGGGGCCGGUACUCGCAGAGUGGCGAGCAGCCCGUAAACAUUGAUUUGCUUGCCUCUGAUCUCGCCACACUCCUGGAGGCGCUGCGCGUGCCGCCCAAGGCUGCCCGCCUCAUUGGGGUGAGUCUGGGUGGCGUGACGGUGCUGAAUACAUCGCUCCUGUAUCCGGACCGAGUCGGGGCCUUCGUCGCCUGUGACACCAACUCCUCGGCGCCCGAGUCUAAUCGCAAGGCUUGGGGUGACCGUGUGGCCAUGGCCGAGCAGGAGGGCAGCACGCAUCCCGACACCCAAGAAUCCAUUGUUGGGGAACAGCUUGCGGAGAUAACGACGCGUCGCUGGUUCACGCAGAAAUCGUACGAAACUCAACCUGAGGUUCUUGCGCCCGUCAAGGAGGGCGUGCGGACCAACAGCCUCCGUGGUUUCGCACACAGCGUGCAGUCCCUGUGCGCCUAUGAUAUCCGUGAGCGCAUGGCCAGUGCCACGGUGCCGGGGAUCUUCGUUGCUGGUGCCAAUGACGGUGUCUUGCCCCAGACAAUGCAGAAGAUGGCCGCAGAUCUGCGCGGCAACGCCGAGUUAAAAAUUAUCGAGUGUGCAGGUCAUCUCCCCAUGGUGGAACAGCCGGAUGCUUUUGCCGACGUUGUUUCGGAUUUCUUGGGUCAGAUCGAUGGGUAA